AUGGGUCCACGAGCCGAUAUGUGGGAACAUGGUACAGGAAUUGUCCGGAUCAUGUGGAGUUUUAAGUUUUUAACCAUUCCCAACAAUGGAAGUCUAGUCCUCCUUGAUCAAAAACAGAGGAUUAUCUGGUCAUCGGGUUCUACAAGAGCCACUGAAAAUCCAGUUGUGCAGCUGUUGGAAUCCGGAAACCUUGUUCUUAGAGAAAAGAGUGAUGUAAAUCCAGAAAUCUGUAUGUGGCAAAGUUUUGAUGCCCCCUACAAUCCACAAAUGCCAGACAUGAAGCUGGGAUGGAACUUUAGCACUGGCAUGGAGCAAUAUUUGACAUCCUGGAGAACUGCCAGUGACCCUUCCCCUGGAGACUUUAAUCUCAAAUUUGAAAUUGUUGGGCUGCCUCAGGUUGUUCUUCAAAAAGGAUCAGAGAAGAAGUUCCAUGAAUUGUACAUUUCUUAUGAGCUUAGUGAAAACUUGACCAUAACAAGAGUGGUUUUGAAUGAACUGGGUUUGCUCCAGCGCCUAGUGUCUGACAUUUGUAGGAUAGACAGAAGGCCAAUUUGCGAGUGCCUAGAUGGAUUCAUACCAAAAUCAGACAUUGAAUGGGAAUUUCUGAAUUGGACCAGUGGAUGCACUAGGAGGAACUUGUUGGAUUGCCAAAAGGGUGAAGGGUUUGUGGAGCUUAAAGGUGUGAAACUGCCUGAUCUGUUGGAGUUUUGGAUAAACCAAAGGAUGACCCUUGAAGAAUGUCGGGCUGAGUGCUUGAAGAACUGCUCUUGUACUGCUUACACCAAUUCAAAUAUUAGUGGAAAGGGCAGUGGCUGUUUGAUCUGGUUCUGA